UGAAGCUCUAUGCAAUGACCUAUUCGAUAGAUUCUAACUUCUUGUUGUUGGGAAGGGAUAGGUACAACGUUCGUUGGAUUUCUCCGAAAUCCACAAAAAAUAAAGUGAAACUAACAAACUCUUAUGCUGCCUGAGCAUGCUCUUCAUAGUGGCGUGAUUGGAGAACGGGUGUAUCGAAAAAAAAAUGAACGUGCUUCCUUCCGUGAAAACUCCUAAGAAGGGGAUCAUCGAAAUUUAUUGACAAAAAAUGGUACUUAUAAAGAGAAUUGUUCUCUUUGUGGUUGCCUGUUUGAACCGUGUUGCGUGAUCUGUUUAACGGUCAGAUGAAUCAACGUCUCCUAUUCUUGUUCCCUCCCAUUUCAAUCAGAUCCGUGGCUUAUUUCCUGCCCUUUGCUGAGACAAGGCCAUCCACAAAAUCCAACUUGGUAAUCUCAGCAAAUUUCUACUCGAAGACGCACAAAUCCAAUUUGGUCUCCACCAUUUGCUCAAUCCUGAGGGGGACCCCCGCUGGCCUGAAGCAUCUCAGGAAGGAAGAGCUUGUUCACCAACUGGGUCAUGCUGAAAUAGACGCUGUCUUGUUGAGGUGCCAAUCUGAUCCAGUUAUCGCUCUUGGGUUUUUCAAUUGGGUGAGGAAUGAAGUGGGGAUUAAACCCAGUACUCGUAAUUAUUGUACCAUUGUUCAUAUUCUUGCAUGGUCAAGACUCUUCAGCCAAGGGAUGAGACUUCUAGGUGAAGUAGUUGGGACCGACCGCCAAGUGUUUGUUGAUUUGAUUCAGGCGGCAGAAGGUUGCAAUUGGAACCCUGUUGUUUUUGAUAUGCUAAUCAAGGUUUAUGUUCAGUUUGGUAGGGUUCAGGCUGGAAUGGAAGUUUUCAGGAGAAUGAUAGGCAUUGGUUUGGUCCCUCAGGUCAGUGCCUGCAAUUCUCUUUUGAAUGGUCUGCUAAAGUCCACUUUUGAUGAAUCUCAGAACCCCUGUUGGGAAAUCUAUGAAGAAAUGAGAAGAAUUGGGGUUUCACCAAAUGCAUAUACGUUUAAUAUAUUGACCCAUGCUCUAUGUAUGGUUGGAGAUCUAGAAAAGGUGAAGGAAUUCUUGGAGAAACUUGAAGAUUCUGGUUUUGAUCCAGAUGUGGUCACUUACAAUACAUUGAUAGAUAGCUACUGUAAGAAAAAGAAACUGGAUGAGGCUUUUUACCUGUACAGGAUCAUGUAUCGGAGAGGCAUAGUUCCUGACAUGGUUACUUACACAAGUUUGAUAAAAGGGUUGUGCAGACAAGGAAGAACAAAAGAUGCUCAUCAACUUUUCCAUACAAUGCUACACAGAGGGAUCACGCCGGAUUGUGUUACGUAUAAUUCCCUUAUAUCUGGUUACUGCAGAGAAGGGAAACUGCAGGAGUCGAAGUCAUUAUUGCAUGAACUGAUUCAAAUUGGGCUGGCGCCUGAUCAUUUUACUUGUGCUGUGCUGGUUGAAGGGUAUAUUAAAGGUGGACGGUUGUUAUCUGCUUUGAACCUAGUUGUUGAAAUUCAAAGACUUGGAGUUUCAAUUGACAAUGACAUUUACAUUAGAUUAGUUAAGGCACUCUGUAUGGAAGGAAAACCUAACGCAGCCAAAAGUUUAUUUACACGGAUCCUUCAAGGAGGUUAUAAACCAAGCUUAGAGAUUUACAAUGCGUUAAUUCAAUCCUUCUGCAAAGAUGGUAACUUCAACGACGCAUUGUCUUUGAAGGACGAUAUUGUUAGUUGUGGCCUCAGACCAGAUUUGGCUACUUACAGGUUUCUUAUAGAAGGCCUUUGUAGAACACAGAACAACAAGGAAGGCGAGUGCUUGAUGCAAGAAAUGUCUGUUCGUUUCGGUUUAGUACCUGAUUCUUCCAUAUGUUCCGCUUUGAUAAAUGGGUAUUGCAGAGAAGGGAAUGUGAUGAAGGCAGAGAGGCUUUUGGAAGAUUUUGCUGAAAGAUGUACAUUAUCUGACGCCAGCAACUAUAAUUCGCUUAUUGAAGUAUACUGUAACGAGGGUAACAUGCAGAAGGCUUUUGAGUUGCGUGACAAGAUGAUGAAGCUGGGGGCUGUUCCAAAUGCUCAGACCUGCAAGCUUUUGAUUUCUGGGUUGUCAAAGGUUCAUGGUCGAUAAACCAUUGCUAUUCAAUAACGCUACUUGCCUUGUUUGUGCUUGGCAGCUAAACUGCCAUCAUUUGGCUUUCUUUACUGUCAGCUGGUAAGGGCUCUCUGCCGUCUGAUUAGGGAGACAGUUGACUAGUGAACGUCACCAAAUUGACAGGAUAUCUCUAGGCCUGUUGUUAUGAAGGAAGCUGACUGUCUCCAUCGCGGAAGAGGAAACGGUUGUACGUCAAUGAAGUUUGGUCGGAGACAGCUUUGCUGCUUCGGCCUCUGUUGCUUUAAAACCAUAUAGAAAAAUAAAAAAAACAAACGAGAAAGCGGACGAAAUUCCAAAUAUUGUUAUUAGAGAACUUCGACCUAUUGUUCUCAUGGCCCAUGCAAAAGUCGCCCAAAUACUUGUUUUGAUUUUAAUGUGUAACACAAAAAAGAAGAUUUUACUGUUUAUAACUAAACUUGACUCAGCCUUUCCCCAUACAAUUAAAG